GACCGUUUUUUCAUUGUCCAUCGUUUUGGAAGGUUUAAUUAGUUUUUCCUUGGUAGUGUUCUCAAACCCAUGGAAAAAAUACAACGCGUUUUUUGCAAUUUGAGCACAGACCCGUACGGAUACUUAUGGCGCCGUACUGUAUGACUCAACAGCCACUAGCGUGCAACCUUCUUUCUUAUUCUAUUUCUCUAGUACAUCUCAACCAAGUUAACUUUCGCCAAGAAUCACAUAUUGCCUCCAUUCCAAAUUGUCUAGCAUAAUCAUUUGCAUUUCUAACCUUCAAUCGCCACCAUCAAAAGUAAAAUAUGGGUCAUCUCGUGACCCUGGCAACUUGCUCCCUGAAUCAGUGGGCCCUUGACUUCGAAGGAAAUGCCCAACGUAUUCUACAAUCCAUCAAGGAAGCCAAAGCCGGCGGCGCUUCGCUCCGCAUAGGCCCUGAACUCGAAAUUACUGGAUAUGGCUGCCUCGACCAUUUUCUAGAGUCUGACACAGACUUGCACUCAUGGGAAUCUCUCGUAAUGAUUCUCGAAGACCCAAUAUGUAAGGAUAUCCUUCUGGACAUUGGUAUGCCAGUUAUGCAUAAGAACGUCAAAUACAAUGCCCGGAUUCUUAGCUUGAACCAAGAGAUUCUUCUGAUCAGACCGAAAUUAAGUCUUGCCAAUGACGGAAACUAUCGAGAGAUGAGAUACUUCUCACCUUGGAAAGGAGAAAGAAUUGUGGAAGAUUUUUACCUGCCGAGAAGCGUACAGAAGCUCACAGGCCAGAAGAAGUGCCGAAUUGGAGACGCGCUCAUCUCGACCCUUGAUUCGUGUAUGUCAAAUGAGACCUGCGAAGAGCUAUUUACCCCGAUUUCACCUGCACUUGGAGCCGGUCUUGAUGGUUCUGAAAUCACGUUGAAUUCUAGUGGGUCACAUCAUGAGCUCAGGAAGUUGAACACAAGGAUCGACUUAAUUCGUCAAGAGACGCUCAAGUCUGGUGGUAUCUAUCUAUAUUCAAACCAACAAGGCUGCGAUGGUGACAGACUAUAUUAUGAUGGAUGCGCAAUGAUAAUUAUCAACGGACGCAUUGUUGCGCAGGGCUCACAAUUCAGUCUUAACGAUGUUGAGACGAUAAUUGCCACCGUAGAUAUCGAAGAGGUUCGCAGCUAUCGAUCCCAAAAGUCACGAGCCCUUCAAGCCACAAAAAGCCCCGUCUACGAACGUGUCGAGGUUAACUUCAGUCUGUCCUCAGCCUCCGAGGAGGUAGAUCUUCGAGUGAGGCCUAGCCCAGAAAUCGCAAUCAAAUAUCACCUGCCAGAGGAGGAAAUUGCUUAUGGCCCCGCGUGCUGGCUCUGGGACUACUUGCGCAGAUCUUCGAGCGGAGGAUUUUUUCUUCCCCUUUCUGGUGGCGUGGAUUCCUGUGCCACGGCCGUGUUAGUACAUUCAAUGUGUCGGCUAGUAUACCAAGCCGUCUUAGAGAGAAAGAAUCCGCAAGUCAUCAAGGACCUUCUCAAAAUCGUCGGAGAACCCUCUGAUUCAGAGUGGCUCCCAUCUUCGCCCCAGGACGUCGCUUCAAGACUAUUCCACACUGCAUACCUUGGCAUGGCAGAAAAUAGUAGCAAGGAUACGCGAUCAAGAGCAAAAGCGCUGGCAAAGGAUAUUGGAGCAUAUCAUCUAGAUCUCAAUAUCGACACGGUCUACUAUGCUGUUACAACACUUUUCACGACGGUCACAUCCUAUGCACCAAAAUUCAAGAUGUUUGGUGGCACGCCUGCCUCAAAUCUUGCUCUCCAAAACAUUCAAGCCCGUCUAAGAAUGGUUCUAAGCUAUCUCUUUGCGCAACUCCUGCCAACAGUACGCGGACGGAACAAGAACAAUCCAGAGAACCAAAAUCCGGGCGGCUUGCUUGUUCUAGGCUCUGCUAAUGUAGACGAGAGUUUGCGUGGAUACCUAACAAAAUACGACUGUUCAUCUGCAGAUAUUAAUCCUAUAGGCGGGAUCGCGAAGCAGGAUCUGAAACGCUUUAUCCUUUGGGCUGCCACGAAUUUCGAUCUCCCUAUUCUUCCCGACUUCAUCGCUGCUCCGCCCACUGCCGAACUUGAGCCUAUCACCGCCGAUUACGUACAAUCAGACGAAGCCGAUAUGGGGAUGACAUACGACGAACUCUCAAUUUACGGCCGCAUGCGCAAAGUGGAUAAGCUCGGCCCAUAUGGCAUGUGGAGCAAGCUCCUCCAUCAAUGGAGCAAUAAAUUGAGUCCGCAAAAAAUCUACACCAAAGUCCGCUGGUUCUUCUGGAAUUACGGCAUUAACCGCCACAAGAUGACAACCUUAACUCCAUCCUAUCACGCCGAGCAAUACAGUCCAGACGAUAACAGAUUCGACCUCCGCCCCUUCCUGUACCCAAGCUGGUUCGGCUUCAAGGCUAUCGAGAAGAAACUUGCUGCAAUGGGGGAGAAUGGGACGAAGGUUGCUGAUGCGGAGGAGAGGAAGUCGUUGUGAUGUACAAGAUCUUAGGGACAUCUAAGAGCCAAAAUUACACAUUACACGAAGAUUUGAAGGGCAAUUGGACAAAGUCAUAUACACACAAGGACGUUUUAAAUUGGGAAUAUUAGGUUGGUCUUGAUAUCUAAGAGCUGCUCUUGUCAUCCCCCUCUCAAUACAAGUGAAUC